AUGGCGGUGAUGGGUAUUGGUCUGGUGGUUUCUAUCACGGAGGAGAGAUUCGGGUGGGAUGCGAUCCAGGUCGGGUAUAGGCUGAUGGAAGGGAGAAGGAUGUCCGGGUGGAUAUUGUCCUGUUUGAUGGUGUUAAUAUCAGGUAUGAUCGGGUGGAAAAUGGAUAGACUCCUGAUAAUGGCGAUCGAUCGCCAAGAUCCAUCGAGUUGGUGGAUGGCAGUGAAGGUGGUUGUAGGCGGGUCGGAGAGAUUCGGGUUGGUUUGUUUGUACGGGUUUGUGGUGGUUUGGAGCUAUGUGAUUGCGACUGUGUAUUAUUGCGAGUGUAGGAAACGACAUGUUAGAGUAGAAGAGAAUGGAGAGGAGCUAGUCCCUGUUUAG